AAAAGCCGCGCUGCAAACAAAAGAGCAAACCUCGACUAAACUUGUGCAAUUCAUAAAACUAAUAAAUAUAUAAAUCGUGUGAACACAAUGUCCACGCUACAAGCUCACGACAGUGGCAGCACAAGCCACAACAGCAAUAACAACAACAUCAGCAGCAACAACAACAACCAGAAUGGCGACUCAGCGUUGGCGCAACAGGAUGCGGCACUGACGCAAGCAAUUAGGUAUGUGCGCGAGUUCAGCAUCCAGGUGAAGGCCUAUCAACAGCUCAAAUCGGAGGAGUCGCUGCUGCACCUGCAGCGCAGUAUUGCCCUGCUCGGCACAAAAGUGCCGCCGCAUUGUUAUGCUGCCGGCAAUUUGGAGCUGGCUAAAUUCUUUGUGGAGCUGCACGCGCUGAUGAGCGGCCUGGACGAUGGCGAUGGCGAUGCAAUGUGGAGCUGUGUGUCGCUGCUGCAGCACUGCAGCCGCAACUUGGAGGCACGCACCGCCAUUGUGCAGCAACAUUGCUUUGUGCCCCUGCUGAGCUACCUGCUGAAGCGGACAAAGCGCGAGGAGCGUGUGCAGCGCUUGCUGCUCCUGCUCCAAGAUCUCACGUAUGGCAUACGCAUCGGCUGGGAGGAGCCGUAUCUGGUGGUGCUGCUCGAGCAGCUCGUCGAGCUCGUGCACAGCGCCGACGACGAUGACGACGAGGAGUCUGACGAUCCCAAUUUGAGGCGGGCAAAGCUGUCGCUCUCGAUUCUGGUCAAUGUGUGCUACAAGAACUUUGUGGUGCUGUUCCUCUUUCUGCGCAGCGUGAACAUCUCCAGUUUCAGUCGCCGCAUCCAAAACUAUGGCCUGCUGGCGUACAAGAUGCUCAUCAUUCUGUCCGAGGAUGUGCAUAGCUUGGAGCAGCGGGAGCUGCACACAUUUCUGCGCACCGCCUUUGCCGGCAUCGAGGAUUGCCUGAGGCAGUGGGAUGUCCCACAGCUGCGGCACAUUGUCGAUCUGCUGCUGGAUGCCCAAUGCCAUGCGGGACUGCAGCGUGCCAUGCUCAGCUAUGGUCACUACUGCGAGGAUAUCGAACGGUUGCUGAAUCAAAUUGAUGCACGCCACGAGAUGGAUGACGCCACUGAGGAUGUGCGCAAGCAUCAGCAGUGCUGCUUGCAGUUAAUCUUCAAGCUGAUCGCGCAUGUGCUGCAGCUGUCGGACACCCACAAUGCGAUUAGCUUAGACGCAAUCACGCCGAGACUGUAUGAGCUCCUCUGCGACUGGCUGGAGUCCGAUUUGUGCGGCGUGGCUGCCAUCGAACUGUUGUCGUCGCUGCUGCAACGCGGCAAGCAGUCGGCUGUCGCCCAGCUGAUCGCACGCGAUGCCAACACCAACGUCUUCAAGUUGGUCAGCAGCGCCGAACGCAGCGAGACGAAGCCGAUCCAAGUGACGGCCAUACUCCGAUUGCUGCUCAGCCUGUUGCGCGAUCCGAAAACGGAGAAACUGGUCCUAUCCAAAAUAUCCGAGUCGUAUUUCGAUAAGAUACUAGCCGCACCGCUUGCAUUGCUGCCCCAAAUGCUCAGCGGUCAGACGCUCGUCGCCGCCGAAGUGGAGAAGGUCGUCUACUGUCUGCUGCUGCUGCUCAACUUUGCCAGCAUCGCGAAGAAAGCCUAUCUGGACAAGUGCUGCGCCAUGCUCGAUCUGCCCCAGCUGCAAUACGCCCUAGCCCGCGCCAUGCUCAGCGGCAACGAGCAGCUAGUCGCCGCCAUGCUCCAAAUAGCACAAUUCGAACAGUUUCCCAAGGCAGCCGUUGCAAAGUACGUGUCCAAAAUAUGCAACAAUACAAUUGCCACACCGAGCAGCAACAUCGAGUCGGAUCCUUCGGAACAGUGGCGCAAUUUGAGCGCCAUCCUGAAGGGUCAUCACACGUUCAUCGACAAGGAGCUGGGACAGCGGGUGAAUGCGUUGAUUGAGAGCAUUGGGGCAACGCUGGAAAGGAAUGAGCUGCAGGCGCUGCCUGUGUCACAGGUGAUCGAGUUGUACAACCAUCGGAUCGAUAGCCUCGGCUGUCAGUUGCAUCAAAUGGAACAGCGGCUGGAGCAGGCCAGCGUUCAGCUGACCAAGAGCAGCCAGCUGACCCAUGUGCAGAGUGCCCAACUCGAACGCUUCCAGAGCAACAACUUUGAGCUGCUCAUCAGCCAGGAGCGGCUGCAGACACAGUGCAAGGAUCUCAAGGCGCAGGCGGGACAGCUGAAAACGAAUCUGAGCGAUUUGCUCAAGCGUUGGUCAGAAACAUCGGAUCAGCUGCAGGCCACCGAACGCCGUCUCGCCGUCAAACAAUCGGAGAUUGGCCAUCUGCAAGAGGAGAACGAGGAGCUGCGCAGCAAUCUUAGCGCCAAAAGCGAAGAGCUAUCGAAACUGGAAGCGCUUAGCAAGGACAAUUGCAAACGCAUCGAUAAGCUGAAGAAAACGGUGAUUGCCUAUGAGCAGGACAUCAAGGAGAAGGUGCGCACCAUUGAGGAGCGCACCGUGGAGCUGGCCAAAACGCACAAGGCGCUCGAGGAGCAGCGAGAGGGGCGCAAAAAGUGCGAGGAUCUUGUCAGUGUGCUGGAAACGCAACUGCAGGAGAAGAAAGAGCAGAUCGAACAUCUCGAAAUGGAGCAAAAGGAAACGGAAGAUUUGCGCAAAACAAUCAUGAGCCUCAUGGAAAGCAAAAAGCCGAAACGUAAACCUUAAUUCAAAAUUGAUUUCUUCUUUUUUUUUUUAUUUGUACAUAUCGACAAUUACAUUUAGUUAUUUAUAGUUUAUCAGAAGUAUUAUAAUUCGGCUCUCGAAAAUGA